AUGGACACCCAAACCUCCGCGAACAGGCGGAAGUUCGCAGUGAUAUUUGUCCUCGGAGCACCUGGAUCAGGCAAGGGGACAAUCUGCGCGUACCUGGCACACAAGUACGGCCUAUUGCACUUUUCCGUUGGGGAUAAUCUGCGCACUUGGAUGCAAGCAAACCGCGAGACGCCUCUCGCCGGCCGCAUCCAGGAGAAGCUUGACCACCAAGGCUUCCUCACGUCUGAGGAACUGAAUCCGUUUCUGUGUCUUGCAAUCGAAAAUGCCAUGCGACAAGAUGGUCUGAAGGGAAUCUUGAUCGACGGCUUCCCGAGGUGCGAGGAGCAACUCAACUCGUGGACCAAGUGGCCCUUUCAAGACAGACUCCGUUUGGAGGGAAAUGCGAAGCCUGAUGUCGUAUUGCUGCUCAAUGUGACGAAAGAAAAGGCCGAGGGGAGAUACCUUGCGCGAGGCCGUGAUCGCAACGACAGUGCGGAGAAGUUCACUAAGAGAUAUGCUGAGUACCUGAAUGAGGGACCGCCUGUCGAACGACACUACCGAGAUGCAGGUCUUCUAGUUGAGGUCGACAAUAAUGGUACCAAGGAAGAGAACAUCACUGGAGUCGAGAAGACGCUGGAAACCAGCGCUCUGUGGGCAAGGGCAAUUGUAGAUCACGAGAUGAAGUCAUGGUUCGUUGUGUGA